AUGGGAAAUUCUCUUAGGAGCAGCUCUGUCUCUACCUCAAACGAGGAAGCCAUAUCUUUGCCUAUUGACACCAUUUUCAAGCUUCCUUCUCCAUUGCCCUCUUGGCCAUCAGGUGGUGACUUUGCUAGUGGUGAGAUCGACCUGGGAGGACUCCGAGUGCGCCAAGUAUCAUCUUUCAACAAAGUUUGGUCGACAUAUGAAGGUGGAUCAGACAACCUUGGUGCAACGGUUUUCGAGCCAUCUGAAGUACCAGAUGGAUUUUCCAUGUUUGGUUGCUAUGCCCAACCGAAUAACCAACCACUUUUUGGUUGGGUUUUGGUGGGAAAAGAUGAUUCAGAAUUGGACGUUCAUGAAGAAAUGAUGAUAGCUGCAUUGAGUUUGUCCUCUACAUAA